AUGUACAACCAUUGUCCGGAUCGUACACGAACUCAGGAAUUCGCUCUGGUGACGAAUUCGGCAGUGGCGACGGGUGUUGCUGGAAUGGCUGGGAUUGAAGCGGAGACCAUCCUUUCCAUACGCGUCAUCAGCUCGGUGAAUAUCCAUUUUGGAGUCGCUGCUCACAAAAGCCCCACCAGCAGUUCGACAGGGCUUGAAGCCGAGGCUGGAGUCCUUGUCAACCGUCCGCGUUGUAGUCCGCUAAUCGCCAGUCGUUCUGGAUGCCGUUAUAGCCGAACACGAGUAGCUCUAUUGAAUGCGAAUACGGAGAAGAGAAUGUCAACACAAAAACAACACGGUGGCAACGCAGGAAUACAGGACCAGAACCUCCGACUUGGUCACUGCUUCUUUGCUGACGGCGGUACAGGUCUGUCCUUAGACAUGCUCAAGUUCAAGGACUGGUGGCGCUUGCCAAUUCAGCAGGGUGUUGAAAUGCGAAAGUUCGAAUUUCCUUGA